UCUUCGUCGAUGAACCGAACCGAGAUCGAACCAACAACCUGAAAGUGGAAAAAAACGAAAACGGAACAACAACAAGAGAGAGACCUUCCUCUCAACGGCGCGUUUCUCUCACGCGCUAACAUACACAGACAAGUCGAGCGAUCUCGCGGCCGGCGUAAAUCGAUACCUUUGAAAAGCUCCGGUUGUUUUAUAUUUUUCGUUAAUUUGAUUGAUUGAGUCUAGUGCAUCGAGAGAGAGAGAGAGAUGUGGGUUUUCUAUCUGAUCUCGUUGCCUCUAACCCUUGGAUUAGUUGUUUCCACGCUCCGAUACUUCGCCGGACCGGAGAUUCCUCGGUAUGUUCUUAUCACCGUUGGAUACACCUGGUUCUGCUCCGUCUCCAUUAGGGAAUCAUUUUAUAUAUGGUUGCUUCAUUCGUCUUCUUCUGUUCUGCAGACACUAUCUCUGCAACCUGAUCAUCCUGAAAAUGGCGCCAUUUCCUUCUUAUGGAGUUGGUCAUACUGGAGUACGUUUCUACUCACCUGGGCUGUGGUGCCCCUUAUUCAGGGUUUUGAAGAUGCUGGAGACUUUACAGUGUCAGAGAGAUUGAAGACUAGCGUACAUGUCAACUUAGUUUUCUAUCUAGUUCUGGGAUUCAUUGGUCUUCUCGGUCUUAUCCUUCUCAUCAUGAUGCACAGGAACUGGACAGGAAGCAUUUUGGGUUAUGCUAUGGCAUGUUCAAAUACUUUUGGGCUGGUGACUGGUGCAUUUCUUCUUGGCUUUGGCUUGAGCGAAAUACCUAAGACCCUUUGGAAGAAUGCAGACUGGACCACCCGCCAAAAAGUUCUCUCUCACAAAAUUGCCAAAAUUGCUGUGAAACUUGAUAAUGCCCAUCAGGAACUUUCAAAUGCGAUUGUAGUUGCUCAAGCGACUUCAACUCAAAUGUCCAAGCGUGAUCCUAUGAGACCAUACAUGAAUGUUAUAGAUGCUAUGCUGGCUAAAAUGUUCAGGGAAGACCCAUCAUUUAAGCCACAAGGUGGUCAGUUGGGUGAAAAUGAUAUGGACUAUGACACAGAUGAGAAAUCGAUGGCAACGUUAAGGCGACACCUUCGAAAUGCUAAGGAUGAAUAUUACAGAUAUAAAAGUGAGUAUCUAACUUACGUUACCGAGGCCCUUGUUCUUGAAGACACAAUGAAGAAUUAUGAACGCCGUGAUGCAACUGGAUGGAAAUACAUUUCGAGCUUCAGAUCUACUCGAACUGGAAAUAUGGGGAAUUUUCUUGACACAUUCGAAUUUAUGUGGAGGUGUAUAUUGAAGAAACAAAUUCAGAUGGUGUUGGCAGUAGUUAUGGGGAUUAUGUCCGCUGCAAUUCUUUUAGCAGAGGCAACUCUCCUUCUUAGUAAACUGGACUUGUCCCUCUUCUCAAUACUUAUUAGCUCUGUCAAAUCCGAUGAACUACUAGUGCAGGCAUUUGCUUUUGUACCUUUGGUGUAUAUGUGCGUCUGUACAUACUAUUCACUUUUUAAAAUUGGGAUGCUGAUGAUUUAUUCCUUGACUCCUCGACAAACAAGUUCUGUGAAUCUACUUAUGAUUUGCUCGAUGAUUGCUCGAUAUGCGCCACCAAUAUCUUACAAUUUUAUUAAUCUCAUUCAACUUCAUUCCGAGACUAUAUUUGAGAAGAAAAUGGGUAGAAUCGAUGAUGCUGUCCCGGUCUUUGGACAACGGUUCAAUGAAAUAUAUCCGCUCAUAAUGGUUAUCUACACAUUGCUAGUUGCAAGCAAUUUCUUUGAUCGCAUAUUUAAUUACUUUGGUAGCUGGAAAAGAUUUAGAUUUCAAACAGAGAGCGAGGAUACAGACGGGUUUGAUCCUUCGGGGGUAAUGAUUCUUAAAAAAGAACGAACAUGGCUCGAAGAAGGACAAAAAGUCGGCGAGCAUGUUCUUCCAUUAGCAAGGAACUUCAACGAUGUUGACAUUGAACCAGGAAGCAAUUUCUCUGAAAAUUCAUCCGUUGAAAUGAAAAUGUCGUCGAGCUAUGACAUAGACACAGUGAAAGGAAGUUCAUCGAAAGAUGAUAUGUCCCGUAAAUACGGAUCAGCCAGAGAAGCAAUCACAAACAAAUAUGCAGCCAUUAGAGAACAACAGAACAAACACUCGCCAUCUUCUAUCAAAAAGCCAGAGAACAUGGCUUCGGCUAAAGUGUCCUUACUGGAAACAGACAGUUCAGGUCCAAGUAGUAAUGGUGAAGGAUCAGGAGAGCCAUCGUCUCGUUUGGCGUCCACAUGGCGAAACAUGAAACAAGGAAUCCAGAGUUUUAAAGAAAAUGUAGCAACCAAGAAGUUUCUUCCACUAAGACAGGGACCAGAAACAACAACACUAACCAGCACAAGCAGAGUAGUGACUUCAUCAGUGCCACAGUCGCUAGAUGAGAUAUUCCAGAGACUGAAAAACCGGUCUGUAGAACACGGGCACUAUCUCGAUGACGAUGAUGAAGUUUGACUAUGAAGAAGAUGGUGAUGAAAAUUUGAAAAGACUAUGCACUUACCAAAAAAGGCUGAGUGGAAAGGAAGCAAAGCAAGCACCAGAUUUGGUCACCCAUAGUAUAGAACAACUUUACAAGAAACUGAUGAAAAGCUAAUUUGAAUGUUACGAAUCUCAUAACGGAACAUCCAAGAGUCGGAAGGGGCCAUAUUUUUGUGUUGUAGUAUGCUCACUGUUAGUUACAUAGUAGUACUAUUAUAUACUUCUCGUACUAUAUUAUAUACGUACAUUUAUCGGUUUAUAUAUAAUGAACAAAUCGCCUUAGAAAUAUUAGAACGUUUUGUUGAUUUUAAAAUCCAUGGCCGCUGUGAUGACAUGCCAAAUUGCUAAUAUGACUUUUAUAUACAACACGCAAGUUUAGGAUAUGAUCAAAAAAUCACUGAUUGGUUGGUCAACUCACAGGAAAGUUCAUCGUACCUUUGUAUAUAUAUCUUUGGUCAAUUUCAGUGUAAUACGAAUGUAUAUAUCUCUAUUUUUCUACGUAUUAUCAGAAAUCACUUUCAUAAAAUUUUCCACCAUUUCACUUUCUUUUAUCUGUAACUGUACACAUCAAAAAUAAAAUUUCAGUAGAAAAAAAAAAAAA